AUGCGCCCCCAUUUCCCCCUUUCUUCAACCUAUGUAUUUUUGUAUUUUACCGCGUGUAUCACAGCAAAUGAAUCACUCUUUCUCAACCCCAAAAAAUCUUCAAUAUCAGUAAUAUUUACUUGUGGAGGAAGAGGACUGCGGUACCAAGACUCGGGUGGCACAGGAAUAAAACAAUUUAAUUGUGUAAACAAUGUGCCAAUAUAUCUAUUCUCCUUUUAUGAACUACUAAAGUAUCCAAAUAUUAAGCAUAUUAUUUUGGCAACUCAUAGGAAUAAGUUUACAGACAUAUUUCAUGAUCUACAGACCAGGUUGCCACUGCUAAAUGGUAGAAAGGCGGAUUCCAUACAACAAAACCCCAAAUUAUUCCCACAAAAUAACAAUCACUUCUACUAUUACAAGGAACGAAUCAUUGUUAAAUCAGAUCCCGAUUGGCAAAAUAUUGAAAAACUAUACAAUAAACAGAUACCCCCCUUUACUGUGGUAAAGAUAACUAUAUGUGAUGCUGGUACGUCAAGGAAAUUGACAGUGAUUAAUGGCCUAAAGCACUUAAAUAAGGAUUCUGACAUAGUACUAAUUCACGACUCUGCCAGACCCCUGAUUCACACCAUUGACCUGGACAAAAUGAUCGCAACAGCCUGCAAAAAAGGUUCUGCUGUACCUUUCAUAAAAAUCAAUGACUCCAUCAAACAACACUUAGAUUAUAAACUGAUUGAAAACGGAGAUGUUGACCGGGAUUUAUUUGUGUUAAUACAGACCCCGCAAGCAUUUAAGUCCAAUUUGAUAAAAUGUGCUUAUGAAACUGCCGCUGAAUAUGACAUGGAAUACCCUGAUUGUUCACGUUAUGUCGAAAUAUAUUGCAAUAAAAAGAUCUAUUUGGUCCCAGGACACCAGUUUAAUAUGAAGAUUACUACUUUAAGUGAUUAUAAUAUUGUUAAGCAUUUGCUUAUUGAGAAAUAUUUCAAAACUAAUAAUCAAAUGUAG